AUGAAGGCACUAAUGUUCACCCUCCUCUUCCUCCUCAUUGCAGCCAAUGAAGCCAAAGUAUUUAAAAAAUGUGAACUGGCUUCACUACUGAAAAAAAAUGGCAUGGAUAGAUAUUAUGGCUAUUCAUUGGGCAACUGGAUCUGUAUGGCUUAUCAUGAGAGUAGAUACAACACCCAAGCUGUCGGGCCACCAAACACAGAUGGCAGUCUUGACUAUGGGAUCUUCCAGAUAAACAGCCGCUAUUGGUGCAACAAUAACCAGGGCCCUACAGCUAAUGGCUGCAACAAGCCUUGCAGUG